GGCGGCGGCGACCGGGCGGCGGCGGAGGAGCGGCCGCGAGAAGCGCUGGGCCUUGCCGGGGCGGGCUGCGGCCUAGUCGGGAGGUGGCGGUGGGGGGGGCGCAGGCCUCGCGGCGUCCCGCAGGCCUCGCGGGGGUCCAGCCGGCCUUGAGGGGAGGUCGGCGGCUUUUUGGGGAUCCCCGAAGCUUUUAGGGGAUCCUGCGGGUCUCUGGGGUGAUCUCGGGGAUCUCACAGCGCGCGGGGAGGGGGCGGCCGAGACCCCACGGACGCUGUGGGGGGACCCCGGGCCCUGCGGCGCUUUUGGGGGUCCCCACACGCUAUAGGGGCUGGGGGGGACCCUGUGGGCGCGUUUUUGGGGGGCUCUGGGCCCUAUAAAACCUCGGGGAGGGGGUCCUAGAGCCCUGGUGACCCUUGGAGGGGUCUCCUAUCACCUCUAGACCCUUUUGGGGAGGUCUUAGGCCCUCAUCAAUACCUGAGGGGAUCCCAAGUCUCCGCAGGCCCUUUUGGGGUUCCCCUGGCCCGUACAGGGGUUUUUGGGGGGUCGUGCUCCCCAGUUCCCCUCAGAGUCCUCCACCGGCCGCGUUUUGAGGGGGUUUUGGGGGUGUUUUUAGGGGAGCAGACAAGGGGUUGGUUUCUGGGUUUUUUUUGAGGUUUUUAUGGGGGGUGCUUUUGAGUUGAUUUGGGGACUGUUUUAGGGGUUUUGCUGAGGCUGUUUUGGGGGGGAUUUGAGGCAGUUUUUGCCGGGUUUUGAGGCUGUUUUGGGUGGUUUUUUUUUUUUUUUGAAGCUGCUUUUGGGGAGUGUGUUUGAGGGUGUUUUUAGCUUUUUUUUCUUUUGAGGGGAUUUUCGGGGGUCCGGCGGGCGGCGCGCGGAUGUCCCGGGCCGGGGGGGGUCGCGGGGGUCCGUAGGGUCGGGGGUCGCCCCGGGGGCCCGGCCAUGGCCUCGGUGCCCGUGUACUGCCUGUGCCGCCUGCCCUACGAUGUGACCCGCUUCAUGAUCGAGUGCGAUGGCUGCCAGGACUGGUUCCACGGCAGCUGCGUGGGGGUGGAGGAGGAGGCGGCGGCCGAGAUCGACCUGUACCACUGCCCCCAGUGCGCCGUGCUCAGGGGCCCUUCCGUCAUGAAGCGGCGCCGUGGUCCGGCCAAGGCCCCGGAGCAGGAUCCCGGCCGUCCGGCCCGCACGGGCAGUGCCCAAUUCAUCCGGGAGCUGCGGGGCCGCACCUUCCCCAGUGCUGACGAGGUUCUGCUCCGGCCCAGCGGGGCCCAGCUGACCGUGGAGUACCUGGAGGAGAACAGCUUCAGCGUGCCCAUCCUGGUGGCACGGCACGAGGGGCUGGGCAUGACCCUGCCCCCCUCGUCCUUCACCCCCCGCGACGUCCUGCACCACGUUGGAGCCGACAAGGUGGUGGCCGUGCUGGACGUGGGCCGCCAGGCCGAGCUGCGCAUGCGCCUCGGAGACUUCGUGGCCUACCUGGGGGGGCCCCGGCGCGAGCGCGUGCUCAGCGUCACCGGCCUGGAGUUCUCGGACACGCGGCUGUCCAACCUGGUGCAGACCCCUCGGAUCGUGCGGAAGCUCUCGUGGGUGGAGAACCUGUGGCCGGGGGAGUCGGCGCGGGAGCGGCCGAGCGUGCAGAAAUUCUGCCUGAUGGGGGCCAAGGACAGCUACAGCGACUUCCACAUUGACUGCGGGGGCACCUCGGCCUGGUACCACGUGCUCAAGGGCGAGCAGAUCUUUUACCUGGCGCGUCCCUCGGCCGCCAACCUGGCUCUGUUCGAGGCCUGGAGCAGCUCCCGGAACCAGCCCGAGCUCUUCUUCGGGGACCAGGUGGAUCGGUGCUUCCGGUGCCACCUGCGCCAGGGCCAGACCCUCUUCAUCCCCACAGGCUGGAUCCACGCCGUGCUGACCCCCGUGGACUCGCUGGCUUUUGGGGGGCACUUCCUGCACAGCCUCAACAUCGGCAUGCAGCUCCGGGCGUACGAGCUGCAGCGGCGCCUCAACACCCCCGACCUGGCCAAAUUCCCCAAUUUCGAGACCGUCUGCUGGUACGUGGGGAGGCACCUGCUGGACACCUUCCGAGGGCUGCGGGAGAACCGCCGGCACCCCGCGGCCUAUUUGGUGCUGGGAGCCCGAGCCCUGACCGGGGCCUUCCGAGCCUGGACCCGCCGAGAGGUGCUGGCAGAGCACGAGCAGGAGAUCCCCGAGACCGUGCGGCCGGGGCAGCUGAUCAAGGAACUGGGCAGGGAGAUCCGGCUGGCAGAGGAGCUGUUCCAGCAGAGCACGGGGAUGUCGGGGACCCCCUUUGGGCCCCCCUGGGGGGUCCCAGGCCCCAAAAAGGGGGGGCCCCGCAAGCAGCCCCCCAACUCCCGCAGCCUCGACGAUGGGGGGAGCCUGAACCCCCCUGCAGCACCCCAGGAGGAGGAUGAGGAGAUUGACCCCCCCAGCUCCAGCCCGGAGGAGACGGACCCCGACUCUGAGGGGGACCCCCAGAUCCUGCUGGCCAAUGGGGGCUCUCGGCCCCGCCGCAGCCGCCCUGGGGGGCUCUGGGGGUCCCGGCCGCCCCCAUCCCCCCCCUGCUCCCCCCCCAGCUCCCCCCUGGACCUGGACUCGGAGGAGGAGCUGCAGAUCGACGAGACCCCCCCGCGGCGGGGCCCGCGCCGCCUGCCCCGGCUCCCCCGGAAGCUGCCCCGGGCCAAGCCCUGCUCUGACCCCAACCGGGUGCGGGAACCAGGGGAGGUCGACUUCGACAUCGAGGAGGAUUACACCACGGACGAGGAGGACGAGGGGGGCGCCGGGGGCAGCGCUGGGAUCCUGGACCUGCUCAAGGCCAGCCGGCAAGUGGGGGGCUCCGAGUACCCCCAGCUCAGCGAGGCCCCCGCCUCCCCCAGCACACGGGAAGCCAUCCAGGGCAUGCUCUGCAUGGCCAACCUGCCCGCGGGGACCCCCCUGGGACCCCCAAACUGGUGGGGAGGGGGUGGGGGCAGCGAAAGGGGGGGUCCGGGGGGGUCUGGGGGAUCCCGGAGAGCCCCCCCAGCCCCCCGGAGCACCGACAGCGAGGCCGAGGGGAGCCUGGACGAGCAGGACAGCCUGGGGGCCUGCUUCAAGGAUGCUGAGUAUAUUUAUCCCUCCCUGGAGUCGGAUGAGGACGACCCUGCCCUAAAAUCGCUCCCCAAAAAGAAGAAGGUGACGGACGACGCCCCCUGGAGCCCCAAAGCCCGGGUGACGCCGUCGCUGCCCCGGCAGAGCCGCCCGGUGCGGGAGGGGACGCGCGUGGCCUCGGUGGAGACCGGGCUGGCGGCGGCCGCUGCCAAACUGGCCCAGCAGGAGCACCGAAAGCUGCAGCGCAGGAAGGGCCCUGCCAAGCGCCGCCCGCCCUCGCCCCCCUCCCCGGAGGAGGAAGAGGAGGAGGAAGAAGAGGAGGAAGAGGAAGACGAGGAAGACGAAGAGGCCGAAGCCGAGCCCGAGGGGGGGGAGGCCGAGGCCGAGGCCGAGCUCGGGGGGGGUGAAGCGGAGGCCGAGCCCCCCCCGGAGGCGCCCCCGGAGGCGCCGUACCCGCCCAGCCUGGCCGACCACGAGUACACGGCACGGCCGGGGGGGCCGGGACCCCCGCCCGGGGCUCAGCCCGGCCGAGCCCCCCCCCCCAUGGCCCCGGGGGUGUUCCUGAGCCAGCGCCGGGGCCCCCCCGGAACGGCCCCCCCCAGCCACGGGAAACGCCCCCGGAAGGGUUUGGCCACAGCCAAGCAGCGCCUGGGCCGGAUCCUCAAAAUCCACCGCAACGGGAAACUGCUGCUCUGAGGGCGGGGCCGGCCACGCCCUGCCAGGCUCCGCCCACCGCAGGCUGAACAAUGAACUAUGGGCGGGGCUGCUGCAGAAAGGGGCGGGGCCUGAUGGAACCGCACCCAUCAGAACAAUGGUGUGGCCGCUAAAAAGGGGCGUGGCUUGUGUUAGGCUCCACCCCUUCAGGUGUGGUCCCACCUGACCCCUCUGAGGCCACACCUGCAAUGCGGAUCCCACUGAGACCACACCCUAUCACAGCCCAAGCCACGCCCAUUGGUCAUGUAGGGUAAUAAACAGGCGUGGCAACAAUAAACCACACCCACAUAGAGGCAACCACGCCCAUAAAAGCGUGGAGCUGCAAUAUGGCUCCGCCUACCACGGUUCCCACCUUCCCAUUGGCUGUGAAUGGGCUGGGGGCGGGGCUUCUGCAUUUCCCGCCUCCAGGAGCUGAGGCGAUUGGACAAGCCCCGCCCCACAGCUGCGGGAGGGGCGGAGCCAUCUUUGAUUGGUCCCCGCUGGUUUUUUUUACCCCUCCCCUAGGUGUCUUCAGGUUGAUUGAUAGGGCGGGGCCGCUUCCCAUUGGCUGCCCCUGUUUUGUAGGCGUGUCCGGAGGUCGCGGCCCCGCCCCCUUCCUUUUGUAUUUGUAGAAUAAAAAAGGAAAA